AUUCUGUCAGUGUGUUCCACGUCUUCAGAUCAUCAUGAAGGUUCUUUUAGUUUUCUGUGUUGCUGUAGUUUCUGUUUUGUCACAGACGCCUAACCCAUGUGUAUCUCCAAAGCAAUGGGAAGGUAGACUGUUCAGGUAUGACCGUAGCAAGAAUUUUCUUCAAAGAGCCAGAAUUAGUUAUGAUGAACUUGACAGACGUGUGAGAGAAGUUGAAGAGAUUGAAAUUGGUCAAACCAGAGAUUACUAUGAUGUGCUUUAUCUACAUAACAUUGGAAUAGAAUACAGACUGAACUUCAGAACCAAAAACUGUACUAUUACUCCAUUAACACGACCAUUCAUCCCUGCUGGUCUGCCAGAAGAUGCCAAGUAUCGUGGUGAAGCUACUAUUGGACCUGCUGGUGUACCAGAUGAGCAUCUUACCGCUGUUCUCUUUGAUGGUGAAUUUGAAGGAAACCCCUACUUUGGUGCUGUAACCUACCCAUCCUGUGCCCCAAUUGAAACCGGUUUCUACAGUAACAGAACUGGAACUGUUCAUUCAACCUACUUUGAUAUUACUCUUGGUAUUACUGAUCCUAGUGUAUUUAUUCCACCAAGUGAAUGUACCAGUUAGACAUCAUGUAUAUCUAAUAUAAAAAAAUAAACAUCCUCAUUUCUUGUUUAGUU